AUGUCUGACCGUCAAGAACUCCUUCGCAACGCAGUCGCAUUUCUCAAUGACCCAAAGACACAAGGCUCCCCUCUGGCACAACGCGUACAGUUCUUGCAAGCCAAAGGUCUCACACCGCAAGAGAUCGACACGGCGAUGAACCAGGCUGCUCCCUCUGCACCCGGUCCAUCGACCUACGCUGCGCCGUAUCCACAGGCUUACGCGCCCGUGGGCGUCUAUCCUCCAGCUGCCCAGCCUUGGGACUGGCGUGACUACUUUAUUACUGCUGUUGUAUCUGGUUCAAUAGCAUACGGUGCUGCUGCACUGGCCCGCAAAUAUCUCCUGCCACACCUCCAGCCUCCGAGCGCAACCGCCUACGAGGAGGAUCGUGAUGCCCUCACUGCGCAAUUCGACGCGGCGGAAGCGCUCCUGCGCGAGAUACAAGCGGACACCGUAGCAGUCAAGGCUGCAGUAACGGAGCAGAAGGAGCGUGUGGACAAGGUCACCUCGGACGUCGAGACCGCCGUGAAGGAGAUGCGUGAUGGGGAAACGAAGACAAGGGAUGAAAUGCGCGAAGUACGGGAGGAAAUCAACAACAUUCGCGAAAUGCUUCCUAAGAUGAUUGAGAAGAACAAGGACGCCCAGACCCAGUCACUAGCAGAGCUCCAACAAGAACUCAAGUCUCUCAAGGCGUUGCUUCUCAGUCGUGGCCCAACACAUUCAGGAUUGAGCUCGCCUCUACCGCAAAUGCCGCCCCGACCAUCCAUACCCGCGUGGCAGCUCGCACAACCUGCAUCACUACCUGCGUCAGCCACAGCCCCAACAUUUCCGCCCGUCACGCCAUCGCCGCCUCCAGCAGCGAGUUCGGUCUCUACACCGUACCAGAACGGGUUCCCAAGCUUGAAGGGGAAGGAGGUAGCGCCACCACCACCUGAGGAUAGUACGCCUGCUGCCUAA